AUGUCACUAGACAAAGGCAUUUUUCCUACAAAAUGGAAAAUAGCACGGGUAACACCUUUACAUAAAUCUGGCUUACGUGAUGAUAAAAACAAUUAUAGACCUAUAUCUGUGCUACCGGUCAUUUCUAAAAUAUGCGAGAAACAUGUUGCUAGAUCCGUUAUGGAUUACUUUACCAACAAUGGGUUACUCUACGAACGACAAUCUGCUUUUCGUAAAGGACACUCUACAGAGACAGCCUUAAUCAAUCUUACAGAUCAAAUAUUACUUAAUAUGGAUAAAGACGAAGUUACUCUUAUGGCUUUUGUUGAUUUUAAAAAGGCUUUUGAUCUAAUAGACCAUCAAGUCCUAUUGUCUAAAUUACACUUGUAUAGAGUAGCUGAUUCAGCAAUCAAAUGGUUCACAUCUUAUCUCACUGGAAGAUCGCAAUUUGUAACUAUUGAUGGACAGCAGUCAAGUCGUUUGCCUGUUAAUCAUGGUGUGCCGCAGGGUUCAGUACUGGGACCUAUACUGUUUCUUCUAUAUGUAAACGACAUUCCACUCCAUCUAUCACAUUCAUCAGUUGAUAUAUUUGCGGACGAUACAACCUUAUCUGCAAGUACUCAUUGGAAUGAUAUUCCCUCAAUGGUCCAUGAUAUAAAUUGUGAUCUUGCUGCCUUAAAUCAGUGGUCGAUUCAAAAUAAGAUGAGUAUUAACGACGAAAAAACAAAGUUUAUGCUUAUAUCAGGAAAGCGUCUUGAAAAGAAAAUCUUAGAAAAAGGGAAUAUGGACAUAGCAGUUAAAGUGGAUGAUACACAGAUUACUGAAGUAAAUUGUCAAAAACUCCUUGGAGUAACGAUUGACAAUAGAUUAAAUUAUGAAGAACAUAUUGAUCGAUUAUGCCGGAAACUCUCGAAACAGCUUGGUCUUCUCAAACACAUUAGUCCGUACCUCAGGUAA